AUGCCCAUUGUGUCUCAAAUUCAGAUCUCCUCUUACUCCGCUGUCGCCGUUUCAACCUUUCACUCUAAUCACCGGGCUCACAUUUUCGAUUCGACUCUAACAGCUAUCCUUGCCAUUUCAACUGUUGCGCGCGUGGGAGCAAUCAAGGUGCAGUUGAGAGUUGGAGCGGCGACCACAAAGCGCCGAGAUCGUCGCCUCAUCCCAGCUUCAAGGCUCACAUUUUCGAUUCUUUGGGUUUUACCCGUUAUCACCUUUUAA